AGAUCGGUACAGUAAUAAACCGAACCAGUCCGAUGUUUGUUUUCUUCGUCGUCGUUCCAUCAACAGAUCCACAUUGCUCGUAAGUCGUAGUAAGUAGAAGCAAAAUCAGAAGAGAUGGUGACGAAAACAGAGGAGACGCAAUUGAACCAGCUCGAGAUUCAAGUCGACAAUGGCGGAGGUGGAGCUUGGGAGUAUCUUUGUCUCGUUCGUAAUCUCAAAAUUCGCCGGUCGGAGAAAGUGUUAAAACACGCUUCCUCGAUUUUGAAUGAUCCGAGAAAAAGAUCUGCUCUUGGUCCAGAUGAAUGGACCCUAAAUGAGCAAGUGGCAAUUGCAGCUAUGGACUGUCAAUGUCUCGGUGUUGCACAGAAUUGCAUUAAGGCUUUGCAGCAGAAAUUUCCUGGGAGCAAAAGGGUUGGGAGGCUUGAGGCUUUACUUCUUGAAGCAAAGGGAUUAUGGGGAGAGGCUGAGGAAGCAUAUUCGAGUCUUUUGGAGGAUAAUCCACUCGACCAAGCGAUACACAAACGAAGAGUGGCUAUAUCCAAGGCACUAGGCAAACCUUCCAUAGCCAUUGAGCUUCUUAACAAAUAUCUUGAAUUAUUCAUGGCUGAUCAUGAUGCAUGGAGAGAACUUGCAGAGCUUUAUCUUUCUUUGCAAAUGUAUAAGCAAGCAGCUUUCUGCUACGAAGAGCUCAUACUAUCUCAGCCUACUGUUCCAUUGUACCACCUCGCAUAUGCUGACGUUCUCUAUACAAUCGGCGGAGUAGAAAACAUUAUCUCAGCAAGAAAAUACUAUGCAGCAACCAUAGAUUUAACAGGCGGCAAAAACACUAGAGCUCUUCUCGGAAUCUGCUUGUGUGCAUCUGCCAUUGCACAGCUCUCAGAAGGCAAGAACAAAGAGGACAAAGACGCGACGGCAGCUCCAGAGCUUCAUUCUCUGUCUGCAGCUGCAGUAGAGAAAGAGUACAAGCAAAAAGCUCCGGACAAACUCCAGCUCAUCUCUUCCGCCUUAAGAAGCUUGAAAAUUUGAUCGCAAGCAAACAAACGAUGUUCUGGCCCACAAGACGCAAACGCUGUUUCUUCAUUGUCACAUAAUGAGCCAGUAGCAGACUUAGCAGUAACAGAUAGUCGAAAAAGUCGAACUCUAAUUUUCAAAUAACUUCCUUAAAACUGAAGAGAAAUUUGCUUAUUGUUACAUACCAAAAUCGAAUGAUUUAUUUGUUAUUUCACUACUGCAUUCACAAACUGAAACAGACUUAAUGACGAUAACUGCCGAAAUGGUUUCUCUA